AUGUUAGAUGUUGGUGGUGCAAGUGAUUGUUUCUUUAGAGUGGUGUUCCAUCAGUUGUAUGGUGAACCUAGCUAUCACAUGAAUAUUCGUAGUAUAGGUGAUCAAUAUAUGAGAAGCAAUCCAGAAAGAUUCACUGCAAGUAAUACAGACCAUUCAUGGUUAAGGUAUUUAGCUUAUAUGUCACACCAGGGUACAUGGGCUGAUGCAAUUGUUAUACAAGCAGUUGCAGAUGCAUUAAACUUGACAAAUCACAUUUUAGAAUCUAAUCCAGGAUUUGCAUCAGUUACUACCGGUAAUAUCAGUCUAGUUAGCUCAGAAACUGAUACUACUGUCAUAAAUAUUGGACAUCUUGAUGAAAUACACCGUUCAACUGUUCCUUUCAAUGAAGAGGCAAUGGCAAACAAUGUAAUUUGUAACAAUCAACCAGCACAGUUAACAAUCGAUCACUGUAGAAUGACAAAUAAUAAUGAAACAGUAGCUGUAACCAAAGAACAGGAAGGGAAAGCUUAUGUGAAGGAAUACAUAGCAACAAGGAGAAGAGAUAAAGAGUUCAGAAAUAAGCAAUACAGAGCUCCGCGAGCAAAGAGAUCAGAAAAUAUUGAAAAAACAAGAGAAUCUAAAAGGCAGGCAUUUAAUAGACGCAAAGAAUCAAAUUCUGAUCAUACCAGGGUACUAAAUAGGGUGGCAUUUGCCAAAAGUAAA